AUGUGCACCAACGUCCCCUCGCUGCACAGCCUUCGCGACUUCAUCCUUUCACUGAACCUACCCCUGAUGAGUGAAAGGUACUCUCUCUCAUCUGAGAAAAAAAGCACAGGUUCGGUGCAUCCCCAGACCGCGUCCAAACUUCGCCUCCUCCGUGAAGCCUGGCUCGUGCCCGCCGCCCCGCCUCCGCGCCGGGGUAGCCCGGACCCCACCCCCGCGCGGGUUUCCGCCCGGCCCGCCCCUCAGGCCACACGAACAGGCGCUCCCCCGGCUCGGCCCAGCCCCGCGCCGUCCCGCCUGUCGCAGCGCCUCAGGCACCUCAGCGCGAGGGGAGGCCAGGACUCCCUCGGCUCCGCCGAGAAAGGGCCCUGCAACUCCCCCACCUCGCCUUGCACCUCGGCCCCGCCCUCCUUUCCGCUGCCGGACCAGCCCCUCCAGGGCUGCUACUCCUCGCAGGACUUUGCUGACCACUCGGCGCCCCGUUGGAGCAGUACCUGCAACAUUGUCAGUGUUGGGGAGGGUCUCCUGCAGACCGCGCUCCGAACGGCCCGGGCCCCGCCCACCGGGCCCCGCCCACCGCGCUCCGAAAGGCCCGGGCCCGCCCACCGCGCCGCCAGCGCCCUGCGGAACUCUGUUACACAGACGUGUUUCGCGGGGAGCGAAUUCGGCGUCGGUCCCGAAGACCUCCUCAGGGUCUGGCUGCGGCUGCAGCGCAUGGCGGCUCCAGGACAUCCUGCGCAGGAGACAUCGGCAGCCCCAGGGCACCCUACGUGCAGUGACGCUGCCUCCAGGGCCAAGCAACAAAAGAAGAAGAAGAAAACCCGGAAUGGGGCUUCAGCGGCGAAUGCAGGCGGGAGGGCCACGGAAACGCCGGCCUCAGAGGAAGCCCCCCUAAGUGCGGAGGCCCAGGCGGAGCAGCUGGCCCGGGAACUGGCCUGGUGCGUGGAAAAGCUGGAGCUGGGGCUGAAGAUGCAGAGACCCACCCCUAAGCAGAAAGAGCAAGCUCUUGGGGCAAUCCGAACCCUGCGCAGCCAAAGAACCCCCCUGCCCCGGAAGAGGCAGCUGAUGCGCUCCUUGUUCGGGGACUACAGGGCUCAGAUGGAAGCCGAGUGGUGCGUGGCCCUGCGGGCUCUCAGGACUGCUGCCCACUCAGUCCAGGUGCAGCCUGUAGGUGAGGCCGCCAGAAAGAAGAGCCGAAGGGUCUGCAGGCCUCGUCUAACAGGGAGAGCCAAGGACACCCUAGACACUCCUGAUGAAGAGUUUAGGUUCAAUUUCUUUUAG